UUUCACAGCGUUAUUAUGUGGAACCAUGAUUUAUAAAACCUUAGUUUUACUCUUUUCAAUAAUGUCAUGUCCCAAGCUUUGCUUGGUUCUUUUAUCAAUCGGAUGUCUCCUCCAGAAAAAUUUACUAAGAGCAGAAACCACCGAGACCGAGAUAACCUGGCCGGAUGACGUCACCGAGGCCACCUUAGAAACUGAGAUGACCUGGCCGAAAGAGCUACCAGUAACCGUAACGAAAGAGGUCACUUAUAGAACCGCUCGAACCUUGGAUCCCCUGGAUGCCUUAAGAGACAGCGAAGAGUUCGUGGAAAAACCGCCUAAAAAGCAUUUGGAGAAUUUCGACAGCCUUGAAGAAGAGUACCGCGUUGUCCAUCCAAUAGAAGAGGCGAAAGCACUCAAGCGGAAAGCGCUUCCAGAGGACAAGUAUAUCAAGCAGCCCUUCUACUUCGGCUGCUGUCACAACUCCACGAAUGUGGGAUGUGCGGGGGUUUGUCCGGAGACCUGCGAAUACCGCUCCAGGUACUGUGUACCGCUUUGCGGACCUCCAUGCCGCUGUAAGCGCGGCUUUGUCUACAACAUUCAGCGAAAGGCUUGCACCCUGCGCUCCGACUGCCCCAAGUGGAUUGUCCAGAGCAAGAACGGCAUUUACAGGGUGUUUUUGUGAAGGAUGUGGGAUUAGUAUGGUGAACUGAUGUAGGCUGUGAUGUGCUGUGGUGUCGUGCCAAUUUCGUUUGUUCUAAUAAACCAAGAAAGCCAGAUGGGUGCAAGCUAA